UUGGUGUGUCGCAAAACAAUAGCGUGGCCACCACGGCAAUAUCGCGAGGAAAUUCGUAGUGAACUGCAUUCGUAGAUUGUUGUUUUUUGUUAUAAACACGCUGAACAGUGCAAAUUUGGAUAAUCGGUUGACGUCCAGUGGAUCCGUUCGUUGUUGGCCCAGAACUGCCAGCAUCAGCACCUAGCGACAGUGGCAUUGAAGAGAAAGGCUAUCUCGGGGGUGAUUUGUAGAGUGCACCCAUUGCCUGCUGCGAGGCAGGCCAGUUUAGGCAAAGGAACCGUCGUCUGAUACCCUGUUUCCAUCACUUUCCAUAAUCGUACCCACCGAGAAACGUAAGCAAGAUGGUUUUAGCAGAUUUAGGACGCAAAAUUACGAAUGCCUUGCACUCGCUGAGCAAGGCGACGAUCAUCAAUGAGGAGGUGCUUGACUCGAUGCUGAAGGAGAUCUGCACGGCGCUUCUGGAGGCGGACGUCAACAUCCGGCUAGUGAAGAAGCUGCGCGAAAAUGUACGCUCCGUGAUCGAUUUCGAUGAGAUGGCCGGAGGGUUGAACAAGCGUCGCAUGAUUCAGUCGGCCGUAUUCAAGGAGCUUGUUAAGCUGGUCGAUCCGGGAGUCAAGCCGUACCAACCGAUCAAGGGUCGAGCGAACGUGAUCAUGUUUGUCGGACUGCAGGGAUCGGGAAAGACGACGACGUGUACUAAGUUGGCCUACCACUAUCAGAAGAAGAAUUGGAAAUCCUGUCUGGUGUGCGCGGACACGUUCCGUGCGGGUGCGUACGAUCAGAUCAAACAGAACGCAACAAAAGCUCGUAUCCCGUUUUACGGUAGUUACACCGAGGUCGAUCCGGUGGUGAUUGCGCAGGAUGGUGUGGAUAUGUUCAAGAAGGAAGGGUUCGAAUUCAUCAUCGUCGAUACGAGCGGUCGGCACAAACAGGAGGAAUCGCUGUUCGAGGAGAUGUUGGCCGUCGCGAACGCUGUUAAUCCGGAUAACAUUAUCUUCGUGAUGGACGCCACCAUCGGGCAGGCAUGCGAGGCACAGGCCAAAGCGUUCAAGGAAAAGGUCGACAUCGGUUCGGUGAUCAUUACGAAGCUAGACGGCCACGCCAAAGGUGGUGGUGCUUUAUCGGCUGUGGCAGCUACCAGCUCGCCGAUCAUCUUCAUCGGUACCGGUGAGCACAUCGAUGACUUGGAACCGUUCAAAACGAAGCCUUUCAUCAGCAAGCUACUCGGUAUGGGUGACAUUGAGGGACUGAUCGACAAAGUGAACGAACUUAAGCUGGACGACAACGAGGAGCUGAUCGACAAAAUCAAACACGGACAAUUCACGAUCCGAGACAUGUACGAGCAGUUUCAGAACAUCAUGAAAAUGGGACCAUUUUCACAGAUUAUGGGUAUGAUUCCAGGGUUUUCGCAAGACUUCAUGACGAAAGGAGGCGAACAGGAAUCGAUGGCCCGCAUUAAGCGGCUGAUGACGAUGAUGGACUCGAUGUCGGACGGUGAACUCGACAACAAGGAUGGCGCUAAGCUGUUCAGCAAGCAGCCGACGCGUGUGACGCGUGUGGCCCAGGGCUCCGGGGUGGUGGAGCGUGAGGUGCGCGAUCUUAUCUCGCAGUACACCAAGUUUGCGGCAGUCAUCAAAAAGAUGGGCGGCAUCAAGGGACUGUUCAAGAGUGGCGAUAUGACGAAGAAUGUAAACGCGACGCAGAUGGCCAAACUGAACCAACAGAUGGCGAAGAUGAUCGAUCCCCGGAUGUUCCAGCAGAUGGGCGGUAUGAGCGGGUUGCAGAACAUGAUGCGGCAGUUACAGCAAGGCGCUGGAGGGCUGGGUAAUCUGAUGAGUGGGUUCGGUGGGAAAUAGUUGUAGUAUUAGGUGCAAUUAACUAAAAACGACGUUGACCAGAACGAAAACCGUAGCAUUUUGUUAUUUUUUUUAUUGUUUCCAGCAGCGAGCGUCUUCUAAUGUAUUUUUACUCUACUCAAAUUGUGG